AUGUUAGAGGAAAAUCCUCUCUUUGUUUUGCAUGCCCUUCCUAAGCAAAACAAAGAAGGAUUUGCCAAUAUUGAAUCCUUUGAAGCAUACACUUCAGGGGAAGCAUCAUACAACGGCAUGUCAUUCGUUAUGGGAACCUCUGGAUGUGGUAAAACUCAUCUUUGUUUGGAACUUUUAUGCAAAGAAUAUGGACUAUACUUCGUCGGCGAACCAUCGAGUUUUGGUUCUGAAGAUUUAAAAAAUGCGGCUGAAUGGACCAUGAAAAGCAUAAAUAGGUUCCCUGAAGAAGCAAAACUAAUUGCUGAACGUGCAAUAUGGAGUUGUGUAACUGCGCGGUUAGUUUUGCUUCAUUACCUCCUCAAAUUUGCUAAACAACAUGACAUGGUGAUAGAGCCCAAGUCAUGGUUGUUUUGCCAACUUUUUCAUCCAAUCCUUGAUAAAUUACAGAAAAUAUUUAUCAAUGUGGAUAUAACGUGCCUCGAAAACUAUGGGAUUACAAUUAUGAAAGAAAUAAAUGAUCUAAUUAACAUUAAGUGCUUUUUUCCCAUAGUUUACGAUGAGGCACAAGCACAUAUAUCAAUUUUGCCCAACAUAUUUCCGUCCCAAGAAAAGGAGAAAGCAAGACCAUUUUUCUCAUGGACUAUCAUUGUUGCAUGCGAAAGAGCUAAUGAUGCCCGACAUAGACAUUCCAGACUUCAGCAAUUUUGGUGCAGUCGAAACCCCGAACAAAUCAUUCAGAUGGUAACGAAUAUCAUUCUAUUAGAGGAUAAUCUUGCUUUGUCUGCGAUUAAAUGGCUGAUGCUCGUAACGAUAUAUCCCCGCAUGCCAACAAUUAUGAGAAUAAUCUGCGAUAACAUACAAAAUGAAAAAUUAAGUCCACGAGAUCUACUUACCAAUGGCAUUGUUAACCAUACUUUUUUACAAAAGUACCAUAAACGAUUGUUUGAUCUCAUUGUAGAGCAAGAUUGUUUGGAGGAAUUAUUAUGGAGUAAAGCUGAACGAAGUCAAUAUAAAACGAAUUUGAUGGUUGAGGAAGAAAAUUUUAUAUGCAAUCAUAUUAAACAUGGAUAUUGUACCGCAUCCAACAGUCGAGAAGACGCCAAAAAAUUUUAUAGUUGCUUAGAAAUGUUUUUGAACCAACUGGAAUGUGCUUGGGAACUACCAUUAUAUAUACAAAAAUCUUCCAAAAUUAACGAAA